AUGCCUCGAAACUACAGCGAAGCCACUACUAGCAAGACGGACGAGGGCUCGAAGAAGAGCAAUGAAGUCGAGGACUCUGGGGAGCAGCCAAAUCUCACGAAGUCGCAAAAGUACCCAGAUAUUGAUAUCGUGGAAUGGAACGGCAGACGAGACCCUGAUAAUCCGUUCAAUUGGUCUGUAAAGCGGAAGUGGAUGAUUACUAUCACGACAUGUUUCAUUUCCAUUCUUACCGGUCUGCCAGCUGGAGCGUACGGCGCCGGCAACGAGCAGAUGUCCGAAGAGUUCAACGUUAGCCAAGAAUCUUUCCCCCAUCUUUUCUGGGCGACAACGAGCUGGAAUAUGGGCGCGGCCCUGUUUCCGCUGCUGUUCGUGCCCUUGACAGAGCAAACGGGACGGAUGUCGGGAUACUUUGCGUCUUAUAUCGUCUUUCUAAUAUUCCUUCUCCCGUCCGCGCUUGCCCAAAAUUUUGCAACGCUCGUCAUCACCCGGUUCUUCGGCGGCGGGGCUUCCUCCGUCAGCAUCAACAUCGUUGGCGGGACGAUUACAGAUAUCUGGAAGACCGACAAAGACAGGAGUGUACCGAUGUCCAUCUUCGGCAUGACCUCCGUCGUUGGUAUCGCCCUUGGUCCGUUCAUCGGUUCAGCUAUCCAACGCAAUAUGAACUGGAGAUGGAUAUACUACAUCCAGCUCGCCUUCGAUGCCGGCUGUCUUCCCAUCUUUUGGCUCAUCCUAAAGGAGACCCGAGGCGAUGUGAUCCUGCGCGCCCGGGCCAAAAAGCUGCGCAAAGAAGGCAAAAAGAACGCCUACGCGCGCUCCGAGAUCGAGAAGGACUCUCUCGCCACGACCAUCAAAAUUUCCUUCAUGCGCCCCGUGAAAAUGCUCAUGACCGAAUUCGUCGUCUUCAGCUUCACAAUGUGGAUCUCCUUCGCCUGGGGCAUCCUCUUCCUCUUUCAGAGCUCGAUCCCGCAGACCUUUGGCGAGAACUACGGCUUCGACACCUUCCAGACGGGACUCAUCCAGCUCGCCAUCUCGGCCGGCGCCGUCAUCGCCACCGUCAUCAACCCGCUGCAAGACCGCUACUACCUGCGCAGCCGCAGUCGCAACAAAGAGUCCCCCGGCGUCCCCAUCCCGGAGGCGCGGCUGUACUUCGCCGUCCCGGGCUCGCUGCUCUUCACGGCAGGCAUCUUCUGGUACGGCUGGAGUUCCUACCCGCAUGUGCACUGGAUCGUGCCGACGAUCGCUAUUGGCGCUGUCGGCAUCGGCAUCUACGAGAUCUACAUGGCGGUCGUCAACUACCUGGCCGAUGCGUACGAGAAAUACGCCGCGUCUGCGCUGUCGGCGGCGAGUUUGGGCCGGAACACCUUUGGCGCGUUCUUGCCGCUCGCCACGCAGAGUCUGUAUACGAAUCUGGGGUUCCAGUGGGCGAGUAGUCUGCUCGGGUUUAUUGGACUGGUGCUGAGUCUUGCGCCUGUGGUGUUGUUGUGGAAGGGGCCGCAGAUUAGGAAGAGGAGUCCGUUUAUGAAUGAGAGCAAGAACGACCCUGAUGGGGAUGACGAGGAGCCGAGCGGCGAACAGAAGGCGUAA